AUGUCCACGAUGGUCCACGAUCCCCUCAACCAACUGCCAAGCGAGAUAUGGGAUGCCAUCAUCGACGCCCUCACGGCUCACGGCCCUCAACACGCCGUCAAGCUCAUCUCGACUUGCCGCCAGCUGCGCCACUCGUUUACCGGUCGAAGAGUGCGCUACCACUUUGCUUUGUGGCUUCAUGGCUUACUUCCCCUGCCCACCAAUAUCCCCGCCGACGCAGACCGGCUCGCUUCCACCCUCUUCGAGUCGAGGUGGCCACCGAAUCCCCAGGCCUGUACAGUCACGGCCCUCGAGCCACACAUCUCGCACAGGCACUUUGCCGUUCACGACCAACACACGUGCGGCCUAGAUCAGACGGUGGAAGUCCAGCUCUCUGCCUCGCGCAUCUACGCCAUCGCGCCCGAUCUCAAGUCUCUGGUCGUCUCAAAGGUCGAGCACAACGGUCAAGUCACGCUCGAGAAACGCCUACCCCUGCCCGACCAGAGCCUACAGGGCAUCCACCGCUUCGCCCUCGACGAUGCCAGCCAGAUCGUCCUCUUGCAGGCGAUUUCGGAGGUUCGCAACGACACCUACGACGUGUCCCUCUUCCUCGUCGAUCUCGUCACGGGCAUGCCCUUGGCCAGCGAGCCGAUCCGCUUCCACCUCUGGCCCGAAGACCACGAGGACCUCGAGCUGCAGCUCGUGGGCGAUCAGAUCCUCAUCCUGAGCAGAAGCCACAUUGUUCUCUUGCGCUGGAUUCGUCCUAGCCACGCUGCCGCGCUCGUGCCCGAUAAGCUCGAGUGCAAGAUCACCUUUAGGCGGUGGUGGACCGAUCCAGAGUCCUCUCGCGUCGUGACAGCGGCCACGCUCAUCAACCACGAGUGUCUCGCCCUCGUCCUCAACGAGAUUGGCGUGGAUAGGGUCGGCGAGCCGUGGCAAUCGCAGGCGGGCAUACUCUACCUCGAGCUCUUGAAGCUCUCUAGCUUCGGCGACGAGAGCACGGACCUCGCCGUCGAGGAUGCGCUGCAAGCCUUCCUUGUCGAUGACUUCGAUGGGAGAUGGACCUACCAUGCCGAGAUCGUCCUGCCGGGUCAGUCCAUGGUCGACCCCUUGAGAGGGAACUACAUCAAAAUCGGACUCGAGCCUGCUGCCCUUGCGGGCCUCGGAGAUGCCGACAGCGACCUCAAUUGCCUCGUCGUGGUCCGCGCCUCUGGCAACCCCUGGAUCAUGGAGCUGCGCUCGCUCGCCGAGCUCCUCUACCCCCGUGCGGCACUGACCAUCUACUCGGGAGGCGGCCCGCGUUGGCCAACCCUCGGUCACGAGUGGUGCAAAGCAAACAUGGUAGACACACUGAUGGACCAUUUCAAAAGCCCAGUGUCGUCGCUAUCAGUCCGGGGAUGGCGAGCGGUUGCGGCUGUGCGAGUCGAACCAGAACGCGAAGAGGACCGCGCGGCCGGUUCGCCGCCGUACCUCGAACUACGGUGCAUCGAUUGGAACCCCAACUAUACGCACCGUGUCGAUCCCUCGAUGCGGCUGAAGAAAAACGACUUUCGCGACGCCGCGAAAAGAGGUGCGAUGCUGCGCGAGACGGGACGAGAUAGACCGGUGCUGAUCACCAAGCAUCCUCUCUGGGAUACGCUACCCUUCCGACCCAUCGACCGACACCCGCAUACCGACGUGCGGGCCGACGCAGCGUGGUUCCGCAUCGCUUUGGAUCCCACCACGGGGAUCCUCGUGCAGCGAAUCGCCGAGAUCGCCAGCGACGAGGACGUGGCCCGAGGUGGCAGGAUCCGCGCCGACGACGAUGACGACGUCGAGGACGAGGAGGAGAUGCUGCGUAGCGAGAUCUUCAUCCUCCAUGUCUAG